CGCAGCACACACACACACGCAGGCAGUUGGGUAUAUCUUCAGCCGGCUAUAGUGUUAGUGUCAAACUCUGUACCAGCUGCAGAUUGAAGACUAAGGAGGAGCAACACGGUUUUUCAGCCCGUCAACAUGGCACUCGUCUUCCUCCUCCUCUUCCUCCCCCUCUCUCACCGCUCCAAUGCCAUGACUGGUUGCCAUAGUGACCGUGACAAGGACCACCGCCCCCGGGUCAACUGCACGGCAACCAACCUUAGUGAAGUCCCCGCCAGCAUCGACACAACAACCAAGGUGCUGAUCUUCACCCAGAACCAGUUCUCCAGUCUAACCUGGUCCUCCUAUAGUCACUUCCCAGAGCUCUAUGAGAUAGAUCUGAGCCACAACGCAGUUCCAGAGGUUCCCCUGUCCCCCGGCCCGGUUCUCCCCACCCUGGGGGUUCUACGCCUGGUAGGGAACCGCAUUAGAACCCUGCCCCCUCACUCCUUCAGAGCCACGCCGGGCCUGCUAGAACUCUAUCUGGACCAGAAUGUCCUGGAGACACUAGACGACCUGUCCUUCUCUGGGCUCAGGCUGCUACAGAUCCUGGAACUUUCUCAGAACCGUAUCUCUGUUCUGCCCCCUCUGAUGUUUCACUCCCUCCCGGCCAUCGAAACCCUGGUUCUAGAGCAGAACCGCAUCAAAACCAUGCCUGACCAGUGGUUCUCUGCCAAACCUGACGUUCCCUACACCUACCUGUCGCAGAACCCCUGGGCCUGCUUCUGUAAGGUGGGUUACCUGAAGAAGCACCUGGAUGAUCAGGGCUUCAACGUGUACACGAGGGAUGGAAUACUCAUCACCCCGGACGAAGAGAGUGUUACCUGUGCCACGCCUCCCUCCCUGGCCGGCCGACCAAUCGUGGGGCUGGAGGAUGAGGAGUACUGCUCACCUGUUGCUAAACCCGAUGGCCCCCCUGGAGACUCUGAACCUCAACUUACCCCUACACUACCCCCCACCACCACUACUACCAGAACUACCACCACAGGAGCCACAACCACAGUUCCUACUACCUUCCCCACCACUACUACUCCUACUACCACUACUACUCCUACUACCACUACUACUGCUACUACUACUGUGGUACCCACUACUUCUACUCCUGCUACUACUACUACUGCUACUACUACUGGUGUACCCACUACUCCUGCUACCACUACUACUACUGUGGUACCCACUACUACCACCACAGCUACCCUGAAACCCACCACCCCUCCUCUACACCCUACCGACCCCACCCACCUGCCCCUCCUGGUGAAUGAGUCAGUCACAUGGUCUUGGUGGGAGAUAGUGACCAUCCUGGUGGAGUGGGAGGAGAGCAGGGCGGGGACAGAGGAGGGGAGGGUUGGGGGAGGGAACAGCUGGGAGCAUCAUGAGCCCCAACUCAACCCCCUAGAACCCCAACUCAACCCCCUAGAACCCCAACUCAGCCACCUAGGACCCCAACUCAACCCCCACCACCUAGAACCCCAACUCAGCCACCUAGAACCCCAACUCAGCCACCUAGGACCCCAACUCAACCCCCACCACCUAGAACCCCAACUCAGCCACCUAGGACCCCAACUCAGCCACCUAGGACCCCAACUCAACCCCCACCACCUAGAUCCCAGACCCUGA